AAUUCAUUAUACUUUAUAUCAUCUGUAUCAACUUAUGUAUUGACGCCACAAAAUUUUCUACAGUGAUAAUAAAGAGAAAUGGGAAACGGGUAUGUUCCGGAUCAUAUAAAAACCCGGAAAUAAUCGUGACGGCAGCUAGCUGUGUUUCGGAAGGGGAAGUGGCAGAAUACAAAAUUGCCUUUGAAGACAUAUCUAAAGAACCAAUAAGUGUUAAAUCUAUAGUUACGCAUGCCAAGAAUAAAGGUAAAGUAAAUGACAUAGCGAUGCUGUAUUUGGCAGAAACAGUAACACGAAACGGUAAAACAAAAAAGAUCAAAGGUCGAUUCUCAACUAGAUUGUUUGAUUUGAAAGUACAACAGGACAUGUAUCCAGAUUGUGUGAUAAUCGAUCCUAUCAAAUUAAAAGAUACUGCUAUUCAUCUUCUACCUACCUCUGAUUGCUCUCGAUACAAUUCUGGAAAGACGAGAAAGGAACAAAUAUGCUUCGUAAGAAAGGCGGGAAAUAAAAACAAGUGCCCGACAGGACAGGGUAAUCCCAUCGUAUGCACUUUAAAUGGCGGGGCGAGCGUUCAGAUCGGUAUACACAUAGAUAACAGCGGCUGUUCCAAUAAUGUUAUGGCGGCGACACGAUUGUCAAGAUUUCGUUCCUGGCUGCGUAAACCAUCAAAAGAGAACGCCAUUAUCAGAAAACUUAAGACCGGUGAAAAUGGCGGAACAGAUGGGAAUAAAACAACUAACGGAACAACCAUUGAAAGCGGUAAUCUAACAAAGAACGGAAGUAUUAAUGGAACAACUGAGGGUGGAAAUGGAACAAUCCAUGGUGGUAAUGGAACGACCGAUGGCGGCAAUGGAACAAUCGACGGUGGUAAUGGAACGACCGAUGGCGGUAAUGGAACAAUCGACGGUGGUAAUAAUGGAACUACAACGGGUCCUGGACCGAUGAUUAGAAUUUGCACAGAUUCGGAGUUUAGAUGCCCGGAUGGAACUUGUAUUCCAGGAAGUGCAGUUUGUGACGGAAAAAAUGAUUGUCCGUGCGGACUAGCAGAUGAAAGUUCUUGUGGUUGCGACCUGGCUGGUACAGAAUUUAUCACAGGCUUUCUACACAAUGUGGGACCGGAAGUAUCUAUUUUGUACAUAAUGGCACCGGAAGUUGCUAAUGUCACGGUGACUAUACCAUUUUUGUCCUACAAAGAAUCAUUGUUAAUACAGGGUGCAUAUAAAUGGAAGUUUGAAGAUACGACCCUGGUAAUGGCUGAAGAGCACUCGAGAAAAGGCGUGCACAUAAAAUCAGACACGCCCAUUACGGUUAUUGCCGUAAAUAGCCGAGAACUGUCAUAUACGACUGUCGACGGUACUAUAGUGUAUCCGUUAAAUUGUUUAUCUUCUGAAUAUCUAGUUGAGGUACAGAGCCAUCGAACUUACAAGACCAGUCAGUACGCUAUUAUUGGCACACAAAACACAACGACCAACGUCACAAUCACCAACAAAAGAGGGAGGGUAUUUUACAAGCAGUUGGGCUAUUUAGAGUCCUACUUUUUACAGGAAAAGGAUCUUAGGGGGACAUCGAUAUCAGCUACAGACAAUGUUGUCGUGAUUUCUGGCUCAGAAUGCGGUUAUGUUCCAUCCGGAAUGACAGCCUCUUGUGAUCAUCUUGUUAAUCAAGUCCCGCCAAGAUCAAUGUUUGGCCACGCCUACAUUGUUGCCCAACAGAAUCCAAGGAAAGGGUUUUCAUACCGAAUUAAAGCUGCUGAAGACAAUACUGUGGUAACCGUUCGAAAUGUAAAUGGUGAACUGGUAGCAAAUGAAACUCUUGAUGUUUUAACUGAAUUUUUCAAAAUGGAACUAGAUUCACAACCACUUUCUAUCACAGCAAAUAAAGGCAUCAUGGUCACUCAAUACGCCCUGGACGCUGUAAUCGAUGACCUUGGUCUAGGUGAUCCAUCAAUGGUAACACUUCCUGCGCUGACUUCAUUCGCCUCUAGCUACAGCUUUGUUAUUCCGGACUACUUUUUAAGAAUCGGCGUCACAAUCUACAUCAAUGCAUGCCAUGACCCAUACGGACUACAUCUGGAUGGAAAAGAACUUUCUAAUACUAUAGUGACACUAGUUACAAUUCCGAAUUACGGAGAUUAUAACGUCAUCAAAUUUGACUUAGAAUCUAAAUGGACGACAUACAGCUCAGCGUUAUUAAGUCAUACAGAACGAGAUAUCACUUUUGGCGCGAUAAUGUACGGUAUUCGAAUAGAAGGCGCUUUUGCUUGGCGAUUAGGCGGGAAACUGUAGAUAAUUUUGAUCAUCUAGUUAAUUUUGUUAAUUCAAUAUUAAAGGCCAUUUCUAAACAGUAUCUUGUGCCCAAAGAUAAUGAAAAAUUAUCUGGUUCUUCUUAUCUUAUAUCGUGCUAAAUUACAUGACAAAAAAAUACAUAUAAUUAUGUAAUAAACAUCUUAAAAUAAAAUCGUAACGUGUUACAACGGUAAUACAUGGAAUAUAAUGUGGAAAUACCAUAUGACUUAUCGAUUGUCGUCUGCAAAAUUUCAAGAUGUACUCAAAUGAACGCACAAUCUGAUUUAAAUCAGUUUCGACGUACCAAUUCAUAAAACCUGGACGUUUUUUUAUUUUGUAAAAAGGGUGAACACGAGUUUUAUAAAGUUUAUGUAAUACGUUUAGAGCAAUGUAGAUGUGUCAUAAAGUAGCACAAUGUUAACAGAGUAGUAUUUUAACAAAACACAUAGUGAUGCUAUUUUUACUUGUUGUCAAAAAACAACAAGCAAAUGAUGGUUGAGGUAAUUGGUCAAUGAGUCACUUUUGGAAACUUUAACAUGGCAUUUAAAAUAUAAGGCUUUUGAAAUAGAUAAAAAUAAAUGCAUUUCUUGGGCAUAAUGGGCCUUUAAUUUUUAAUAUAUUAGUAGUGUCACAUACUAUAUUACCUUGCAUUGAUUUAAAUUAAUCCAAAUACGGUUACUCUACAGUUUGUCUCGACUUAAGUCACGUGGUAAUGUCAUAUUUAAAAGAUUCGAAGCAAAAUUGUUUACUUAAAAAUUUCAACUAUGGUUAGCAAAAAGUUAUCGUGUUCUUGUAUGUUUUGUUUUCAUUUUUAACGUUAACCUUCCAACUUUAGAUCGUUGAUUAUUAUUUAAUUAACACAACAAAUUUUAUCAUAUCAUGAAAAAGGAGAAUAAAGUUUGAAAAAAUUCAA